UUUUGUGCCACACUUAGCCUCUACACAAUACCAUUAGCAAGUUGGCACCUACCGUACCAUGCUUGCCCUCUUGCUCCUCCUCGCUUCCGCCAGCUCUUUGCCGGCGCCGGCGUCCGGCGAUGAAGGAGCCGUGCCGGUGAUCAACUCUUUCUCCCACUUCUGCGGCUCCACGAGCGAUGCCGAUGGACUCUACCAGCCCAACAGCACGUUCGCCGCCAACCUCGCCACUAUGUCCGCUGUGCUCCCGAAGAACGCCUCGGCCUCCGGCUUCUCCGCGGGCGCGUUCGGCCGGGCGCCGGACACGGCGUACGGCCUGGCGCUCUGCCGCUGGGACUACACCGGCGACGGCUGCCGCGCGUGCAUCUCCAUGGCGUUCAAGGGUGCGGUGAACCACUGCGGCCGCAGCAAGGACGUCACCGUCUAUCACGACCAGUGCCAUAUCCGGUUCCACAGCCAGGAUUUCCUUGCCGGCGCCGUGAACUCGCCCGAGAGCGUCGCGUCCAACAUGAACAACGUUUCCAGAGGGAACGUCGCCGCGUUCGAUGGCCUGGUCACGAGGCUGGCGAAUGCGGUGGCCGACGGGGCGAGCAACGUGAGCGGCAGGUACGCCACGGGCCAGGCCGGCUUCCCGCCGGACAAGAUCAACGUGUACGGCAUGGCGCAGUGCACGCCGGACCUGACGACGGCUCAGUGCCGGGGCUGCCUCGCCGGCAUCAUCAAGCAGAUGCCCAACUUCUUGAGCGGGAGGGUGGGCGGGAGGAUUCUUGGGGUGCGCUGCGCCGUCAGGUACGAGAAAGAUAUCUUCUUCUCCACCACCGGCGACAUGCUCACGCUCACGCCCCUGCUGGAUCCGUCCAGAGGGAGCAGCAACACGCACACGCUCUGGAUCGUCGCGAUAGCGGUCCCCGUAACCGUGCUCCUCUGCGGCUUCUUGGCAUGUUUCAUGUGGAUGAGAAGGCGAAGAAGAAGAGGGAGGGUGAACAUACCAACCAUGUCCAUGGAGAUGGAGGAGGUGCUCAAGCUAUGGAAGGUCGAAGAGAGCGACUCCGAGUUCUCGCUCUACGAUUUCGAUCAGAUCGCAGACGCCACCAGAAACUUCUCCAACGACUACAAGCUCGGCCAGGGCGGCUUUGGCGCUGUUUACAGGGGCGAACUGCCUGGCGGGCUCGAGAUCGCAAUCAAAAGGCUGUCUACGUGCUCCGUGCAGGGGUUGAUGGAAUUCAAGACCGAGAUCCAGCUGAUCGCCAAGCUUCAGCACACCAACCUUGUCAGGCUCCUGGGCUGCUGCCUCCAGGCCGAGGAGAAGAUGCUCAUAUACGAGUACAUGCACAACAAAAGCUUGGACGGCUUCAUCUUCGAUAGCGCGAAAGGGGCGAUACUGAACUGGGAGCGGCGCUUCCGUAUAAUCGAUGGGAUCGCGCAGGGGCUUCUUUACAUGCACAAGCAUUCCCGGUUAAGAGUUAUACAUAGGGAUCUGAAGGCGAGCAACAUCCUCUUGGAUGGCGACAUGAACCCCAAGAUCUCGGACUUCGGUUUGGCGAGGAUAUUCUGCUCCAAUGUGACGGAGGCCAACACGACCAGGGUGGUCGGCACGCACGGCUACAUCGCUCCGGAGUAUGCUUCGGAGGGUCUCUUCUCCACCAAAUCCGACGUGUUCAGCUUCGGCGUCCUGCUCCUGGAGAUCAUAAGCGGGAAGAGGACCGCAGGCUUCUACCAGUACGGGAAAUUCUUCAAUCUCACAGGAUACGCUUACCAGCUGUGGCAAGAGGCAAAAUGGCACGAGAUGGUAGAUCAGGUACUCGGGGUCGACUACAAGGUGACCGAGGUGAUGAAGUGCGUCCAGGUGGCGUUGCUCUGCGUCCAGGACAGCGCCGACGACCGGCCCAGCAUGUCCGACGUCGUCGCCAUGCUCAGCAGCGACGGGGUUACACUGCCGGAGCCCCGACAGCCGGCCUACUUCAACGUCAGGUUAUCGAGCUUACCGGAGUCGAACAGUUCCUUCGGUGAAUCGUCAUACAUCAGCAACGUCGCCUUGACGGAUGAAGACGGCAGAUAACAGGUGCAAGUGUAGGUGGCCAAUCAAUUUUUACUAGCGAGGUUCAGCGCAAAAGAAACAAAAAAAAUGUACUAGCAAGGUAAUUAACUAUACAUGACUACUAUUCUGAUCAGAUUUACCAAAAGGAAGGACCAUAGUAGAUUAACAUAGUUGAUGCACAGAAAUUCUAUUGCCCAUCAACGUGUCAAAAGUUAGUUUGUUGACAUCCUCCCAUAAAUUUAUUUCUUUUAUGUAUGGUUGUGUAACCUGAGGUAGUUUUCUCCUAUGUUCUAAUGUCUGUAUUAAGUUUGCA